UCGGCGUCUAGUGGCACAGACCUCCGCGAGCAGUUCAAUAUGGCGGAGGUCGCUCUCUCAGGGUCUCCAAGCUCGCGAGGGCGGGCAGACGAACAGGAUGCCGAGCCUCCGGAGAAGUGCAUGGCGGAAAUGGCGAGAGAGAAUCAGGAGCAGUUUGAGUGCCAGCAGCUGCUCGAGUGCCAGGUGCAGGUGGGGCCUCCCGAGGAAGAGGAGGAUGCGGACCUGGUGACCGAGGCCGAGGCAGUGGCCGCCGGCUGGAUGCUGGACUUCCUCUGCCUUUCUCUUUGUCGGGCCUUCCGCGAUGGCCGCUCGGACGACUUCCACCGGACCCGCGACAGCGCUGAGGCUAUUAUUCAUGGACUGUCCAGUCUAACAGCUUGUCAGUUGAGAACUGUAUACAUAUGUCAGUUUUUGUCAAGGAUUGCAGAAGGAAAAAGCCUUGAUGCACAGUUUGAAAGUGAUGAACGAAUUACACCCUUGGAAUCAGCCCUGAUGAUUUGGGCUUCAGUAGAAAAGGAACAUGAUAAACUUCAUGAAGAAAUACAGAAUUUAAUUAAAAUUCAGGCUAUUGCUGUUUGUGUGGAAAAUGGUCAUUUUAAGGAAGCAGGAGAAGUUUUUGAAAGAAUAUUUGGUGACCCAAAUUCUUAUAUGCCUUUAAAAAGGAAGUUGCGUAUGAUAAUAUCUCAUAAAGAUACAUUCCAUUCCAUUUUUCAACACUUCAGCUACAACCACAUGAUAGAGAAAAUUAAGAGUUAUGUGAAUUAUGUGCUAAGUGAAAAAUCAUCAGCCUUUCUAAUGAAGGCAGCAGCAAAAGUAGUGGAAAGUAGAAGAGAAAGAACAGCUUCUCAAUAUAAACCUGAUAGUAAUGAUAGUGAAAUGGAAACUGAAGCUAAUUUGGAUGUAGGAAAAAGUGUUAGUGACAAACAGUCUGCGGUAACUGAAUCCUCAGGAGAUACAGUAUCCUUACUGAGGUGUCACAAGAAUCUCUUAACUAUAUUGAAACUUGGAAGCCGACAAGAAGAUUUUAAUAAGAAGGAGGAAAGACUGAAAACUCUUCAAAGUGGAACAAAGAAGAGAAGCAGUAGACUAACCACUACAAGCCAGAGAAUACAUGUUUUAAACAGUCAGCCAGGAACCCCUGCAAAAUACCAAUCUAGAAAAAGAAAGGCCUGGCUUUGGGACGAAGACAAGAAUCUGAAAUCUGGAGUGAAGAAAUACGGAGAAGGAAACUGGUCUAAAAUACUGUUACAUUAUAAAUUCAACAACCGAACAGGCGUCAUGUUAAAAGACAGAUGGCGGACUAUGAAAAAGCUAAAAUUGGUUCACUCAGACAGUGAAGACUGAAUGUGUUUAUAAAAGAUUGAUAGAGGACAGUUAAGUAUUUUGAUCACUUUUUUUGUUUGAACUUGGUGGUUAUUGGUGUAUCAGCUCCAUAACACACACAUGAAGUCUCUAAAUCAGUAAUCCUAGGCCUUUGACGUAAGAGGUAAUGAAUUGAUUUACAGCCUUAAUAAUUAGUAAGACUUUUGUUUAUAGAAUAGUAAAUGUACAAGGUAAUCUGAGUUGUAACUAACCUAGAUUUUCCUUUCAGAAGUUUCAUAUAAAGGAAAUACUUGAAAAUAGCAAUACCCAUAGGACAAAAUUUGUACUAUUACCAGGAACAGCUUCAUGUCUUAUUUAGGUACAUCUGACUUUUGUUCCAGUGUUAAAACUUUGACAAAGGUGGUUUUAAAUAAAGCUUCUUUGUAAGCUGGUGCCAUAAUACCAGUUUCUUUGAUAUUUCCAUUUAACAUACCAAUACUGGGCUUAAAUGGAUCUAUAAGUACUUAAGUUGGUAUUAACCAUGAUCAUUUUAACAUCUAUGAUAAAUAAGUAAAGUCAUACAUACCUUACAGGAAAAUUUUGAUUUUUUUCUGCAUUCUAUUCUUUAGAGGAUUUAGUCAAAAAUUGAUAGUUACUUAGCAUUUUGAGUCACAUAUGCUUUAUUUAACAAGUGAAUGAAAAUACUGAAGUAUUUGCAUAAAAGUUAAAUGGCAGUGUUUUGUAAUCUAUAUUUCAUUUACUGUUCAAGUUCUACACGUUACUUUCCCAUUGUUCCUGGAUUUGUCCCUAUACACAGAGUAAACAAAUAUGUAUAAUUACUGUCAGCUUCCUGAUUGAGUCUGUCCUUUUGCACCAAUCAUUAUGGUCAUUGUGUUUAUUGCAGACAUUUUUCUGGUCAAAGUUAGCAGUGUGAGCCAAAAUGGACCUGUAAGUCUACCUCAUCAUUCCAAACAUACCAUAAAUCAUUAAAUCUAAGUUGCCGUUAACUGUAAGAUGCUCAAUUAUUUUAUGUGCCAGCAGAAAAGAUCAUUUUAAAGUAUGGUGCUUUGUUAUUUAGAAUUUUACUUAUUAAAAAAGCUAUCUUAUAUUUAUUUAAACAGAUUUUUUUCAUGUAACUUGUGAAUAGAUAAGAAAAAGCAAAUUGGGUGGUGUAUUUCCUAAACUUCCUUAUCUUAAAUCCUAAUCUUCUGAAUUACUUUUUUGAUUGAAGUUUUUGUUGAGAUGAUUGUAGAUUCAUAUGCAGAUAUAAGAAGUGAUAGGUUCCUCACAUAUUUGUUCCAGUUUUGCUCAAUACUCAUUUUUUUUUCCCCCAAUACUAAUUUGUAAAACUAGUAUAUCACUGUCAGGAUAUUGAUAAUAAUAUAAGCCACCAAUCAUACUCAGAUUUCUCCAGUUUUACUAUGUAUGUGUGUGUGGUGUGUAUACUUAGUUGUGACCAGUUUAUUGCUAUGUGCAUUCCUGUGUCCAGCGCCAUAGCUGUGGGGCCUCCCAAGCUCCCUCCUGUUGCUGCUCCUCUACCUCUUUCAUCACUUCUCCAAUCCCUGGAAACCACUAGUCUGCCCUCCAUUUCUACAAUUUUAUUUUAAACUGUUACAUAGAAAGUGACAUCACCAAAAAUGGUGGAAUAGGAAGUUCCAAAGAUCCUUCCCUUUCCUGAAGCAGCUAUUAAGCUUGGCAAAAAUUUAGGAUCAACGUUUUGAAACUGAAAUCUAAUAGAAGCUUAAGACCAACAGGGAGUGCUUUCUUAAGAGGCUACUCGAUUUCAGUAAGAGGAUGUUGGUGUUUUUGCUUACCCCACUUAGGGACAUUGGCUCACAUUCUGGUGCAGCUUGAUGAUGCCAGAGGGGCCAAUAUAGAACUUGUUCUCAUAGAAUUGUGGCUGUGUGUUUUACCCUCUCUGGUAGUUCCCCGAGGAUUCAAUUCAGAAGUUUGCUUUUGUCUUUUCCCUGCCAAACUCCUGGGGUCUGAGACAGCAGACAUGGCAAGCAACAGAUGAAAAUCCUGGGAAGAAAGAUGUGUGGAGGUAAAGAGCUGUGAAGGACUCUCCAGUAAACCAGUGAAUUCAGAAGGCCACAUACAUACCCAGGACUGGAAAGUCCCAGAAAAGACCUGGGAAGUCCCUAGGCCUCCACCUUGAAUGAUCUUUGGGCUUUACAUGUGCAGGAGUGAAAGCUAAGGCAGAACUAUUAAGUGACCUGGCUACAUGUUGAAUGAAUGACCCACUCAGAGCCAAUCUGCAAAGCCCAGAG